GGUUAUUUGAAGAGUGAAAGAGCAGCUCUACACAGGAAAAUAGCAGGAGCUACUUGGAGCCUGAAAGACAAAGCCCGCAGCUCUACGUUUCAUUGGCACUUUGCACUGCAUACGAGAGAGAAUCCAACAAUGCGCGACCUGGAGAAUACUUUGGACAAGCCGGUACAGAUUAAUGAGGAUGAUGCUGUGGAAGCUACAAUACAAGAUUGGCCUCAAGUGCUGAGUCACAAAGAUCCAAAUGAUGAACUGGAAGAUUCAGACUUUGAAGAUCAAGUCGAUGAAGAGCCUUUUGACGUCACAAAGAGAGAUGAAGAGUCCAAGAGUGGUUUAAGCUGGAGUGAUGAAGCAUUCAUUGAGGAUUACUAUCCCAGUUGUUCUCAUGUUUGCACUGAGCCUGCGGUGCUGCAGUGUGGCCACAGCUUCUGUAACGGCUGUGUGCAAGAAUGUGAGAAGUGGAAAAAGUCUUUUAAAUGUUCACUCUGUAACAAAGUCAACAACAACCCAGAGCCUCCAGUUAAUGUUGCCAUGAUGAGUUUGAGUGAAAGCGACAGAGUUGAUCCAUCAGGAGGACAAAGAAAUGUGCAGCCCCUGAAGUUGUCGACUCCUUCAUCUCCAGAGCUUCCACUGUCUGAAGAUCUGACUGAGGAGACUUCAGUGUUUGGCAAACAUAAAGAAAAUGUUCCCCGUGUGCUCAUCAUUAAAUGUGUUGAAACGUUAGUUGUAACAACUGUUGUCACAUUUGGUGAAGCUGAUGAAGACUAAAACCUUUUCAAGUUCAGUUAACUACAAUAUGAUAACCUUGAUGAGAUAUGAGGGUUAAAUGAGCCUGUGUUCCUUCAUGACCCUCUCAAACAUUCCUCCUCCUUAUUUUUUUGUAUUUGUAACUCCUCAUAUGGUUAUGGUUUCACUGUUCACUUCUUUUGGCAGUAUCGUGUGUUUUGUAUGCCGUAAAAGUGACAAAGAACAACUUGGACUUUGCUUCCAUCUUGUGUUCAACAAGCACAGCUGCAGUGUGCAGGUCUGAGAGUGUGAAACCAAACUGUGAACAAAUAUGUUUUUUAGCGUCUCUUCAGUGACUGAUGCCACACUAAUGCUUUUAUAUGUAAUAUUUUAUUUUGGUAGAAUCAAUUUCUGUCUUUUUAUCGGGAAGGAUGAUAUGAUUAUUUUUAUGUUUUUGUCUGAAGUUGCAUUAAAUAAAAUGUAAAAGCAAAAAUUAAGACUGAAUAUUUUUAAGAAAGCAGAACCAUUCUGAUCUAAACCCAGACAUUGACUCAGAAGCUUUACUCUUAUUUCACUUUUUUGAGAUAAAUGAUGCUGAUGAUGACUAAUAAUAUUAUGGUGAUCCUGUAGACUAGGAAAAUGAUGUUAGUCAGGUCUAAUACAAAUCUAUGAAUCACAGGUUUCAGUAAAAGUGAUAUAAUUUGAUGCUAGUGUGAUAACAGAAUAUCACACUAGCUGUUCAUGCUGUUGGUAAACUGAUAUAUGUAAUUACACUAAAAAAUGUUUUCUAAUCUAAAUAAAUAGACAAAUAUUGACAAAGUGUGUUUAUAUACAGAAAAAAGUGUAUGAUUAAAGAACAACGUCAGCUAUAUCCUGUCUAAGAAAUGAGACUACUACUACACACAUCUGCCAGACACCACCCACCUCUAUAAAGUGUAUAAGUUUCAUUAUGGUUGCAUAUUUAUAUGCAUUAUGAUGAUUUUGUAGGCUGGGCUAAUUCACAUGGCAAAAAUGAGUGUAUUCCCUAUUCUCUAAAUGAUGUUUUAUUAUUGCGUUAUUGUUGUGAAAUGAAAGCAAUGCAAUGCUUUUAUAAGGUACUGUAGGUGUACAAACCCCACAAACGGGUAAUGGGUUUGUAGGUGGUUGCUAGACAACGUGAUGACAUCAUAUCUACUCUAGAUAAGAACCUCCAGUGGAGUAAGAUGUGACGUGUAUGAGGAAUUUGAGGGCAAAUAAAGAGACUACCCCUGUUUAUG